AUGACUGGUGAGAAUGCACCGCGGCUAACUGCACUGCCUCCUCACCACCAUCAACAACAACAACAACAACAACCGCAGCAGCAGCAGCACUCACCAUUGACCCAGCGCUCCCCAUCCACAGUCAAGGCAUCUCCACAGCAAACUCCAGGCCCCCUUGAUGCCACCAGCGGUAGUGCUGAACCCUCCGCGAAAAGAGGCAUGCGCUCACAAAUUGCAUGUGCCAGAUGUCGCCGAAGUAAGACCAAGUGUGAAAAUGCUGGUCAAGGUACCACCUGCAAAGCCUGCGCAAACACCAAGCGCGACUGCAUCUGGGACCACGCUGCUGUCGCAACCACUUCGGCACCACCGCGACGCGACAGCACCGCAGACUUUGAUGCUCCACCAAAGAAGCGUCGCAAGCUUCUAGCCACCACGGCGGCUGGCGCACAGCGUCCAAUAGAAGGCCUUGGCACCUUUGAAGAUGCCCUUCAGUCGCCUAUCCUUACUGCCCAGGUCUGGGAAGAGCUGUUUGACAUUUACGAAAAGCACUUCUCCAUUGACUUUCCCUUUUUGCACAAGAGAACCUUUUUGAGUGCCGUGCAGCAGCUGCAGCCUUUGGCCAACUCGACUGAUGCCAAGACACAAACACAAUCUCAGCUCCAUCAGCCAUACCCACCUUUACUCCUGGCCUUUCUCACCCACACAGCCCGCUUCCAUGACAAGCUUGUCCAGCAGACCGAAAAUGACCCCAUCAAGACUGCCGAAUUCUAUGCCCAGGCUACGCGCACCCAAAUGGGUGCUGAAAUCUUUGGCACCCCAACCCUAGAGAAGAUCCAGACACUUCUCAUGCUGGGCUACUAUGAAUGGACGGCACUGCAAGGCCGAGAGGGCUGGAUCAAAAUUGGAACUGCCAUUAGGUGUGCAAUUGUCCUUGGAUAUCCGCAUCUCGAUGUCGACCAAAAGGGCCAGCCGGCUGCGUUAAGAGAAGGCGAGAACCGCUUAUCCGAAAAGGAUCAAUUCAUUCUCCGCGAGACUCAACGCCGCACUUUUUGGAGCUGUUGCCUCAUGGACUCGUAUCUCAGCUGGGGAGAAGACCGACCGCCAAUGCUGGGACCUGAGCACUUUCAAAGGACCCAGCUUGUUUGCAGUGACGGCGCAUUCAACUAUGGACGCAAAGCGCGGACAAGACUGCUAGGCGAGGACGAUGCUGCGUACGCCAAGCGGAGAGCAGAGUGGGACGCACUGGCUCGACAGCAUCGCAAUGAGCAGAAUGGAGAUCGAGCUUCUCAGCUAGAUGGGGGAAAGUGGGAGAUUGGUGAACACGAGGCCGAACUCACAUGGUACAUAAAAGUCGUCAUUGUUUUUGGCGAAGUGGUUCGGUGGUCGUGUAAUAGUGGACGGCGGCAAGAGGGCAAAAACGCACCAUGGCAUUCCACCACGACGUUCAAGAAACUCGAAGACAAGCUCAAACAAUUGAAGCGUGACUUGCCUGACCAUCUCCAACUAACUGCAGAGAAUACCGAGGACCGGAUCUACAACAACCCUGGAAAGUAUGUUUCGAUACAUGCCAUGUACACGCUAUGCUUUGUUUGGCUCUACAGAGAAUACAUGCCCACGUCACCAUGGACUUUGACACACCCUCGCGGUCCUCUAGACGAACCACUCAUUGACGAGCCUCCUCCUGACUCCGAGUAUUGGAUCAACCAAGCCAAGGACUGCGCACGGGCCUGCAGCGACUUUACCCAAUUGCUACAUACCAUCGGGACUACCAGAGUUCACAGUGACUCGGUGCAGACACCUACGGUGGCAUUUGCUUGCUUCGCUGUUGGUAUAUGCACCAUUUACUGUCACUACUUUCCCAACAUGGACCCUGAUAGCAUGCUUUCAUCACGCCUCGAGCCCAGAGCUCACGACAUUGCAAACGGCUUCCUGUUCCGUAUCCUUAAACGCUUCAAGAUGGCUCGCUCAUGGCUCUGCGAACUGGCUGAGUGGCAACGGUACUACCGGCGCGAAAAGAAAAAGUACAGGGACUGUGGUGGUUCAGUUAGCGACUCGCCCAAAAGUAACAAUAGCGAUGGCGUUGGUGGGGGCGGACUGAAAGACUACGCGCAAUUGUUUGAGAGGAUGCACAAGCAAUUUGGCAAGACGGUCGAUGACUACAGUAACUGGUCUACCAGGGAUAUUGACUUGGCCGACACCAGGUUAUCGCACGAUGACGAUUCUGCCGAGCAGACGUCGCCGCGCAGGUCUGCUGCUGUCAAACCUGAGAAGGAAGGCACAUUUGACAACACGCCAAAUCAACAGGAUACAGUCACAAACGCCUUUACGCCUGUGAAUCAGCAUGAAAUCCGAACGCCUCCAACGACGCAGGCUCCCACCUAUGGUCCCCAGACGAACACUUAUGUUUACCACCCAGACUCUACGCCACAAUACCGAGGACACCCCUCGCAACCAACGGCCACAUACCCGUACGUAAGUAACUCUGUUCCCCAAACCAACAUGUCGACAGCGAGGGGUGGGUUUGAGCCUGGCCCGAAUCAUUUCACACACGCACCGCCUAUUCCCAUAGAGGCUACAUAUGCUGGUUGGCCCUUGCCAGGGUCAGCUAAUAUGAAUGCAGCUAGAGCAGCGAUAGAAGCUGGGGGCGCGCAAACAUUUAACAACUCUACUGCUUUUGGCACACUCAUGUUGGGCGAUGCAGCACUUUAUGACACGACGUCGAACUGGACAAUGGGCGUCGAGCCCUCCACUUAUGAUAGCAACAACACCAACACAGCUUUUUACCCGCCAAGUAGCUCUGUACCCACUUACCAAUACCAGCAGUCAUGA